AUGGCCAUCGCCGCUGUGCUAUCCAGCCUACAAAGGAGUGCCACGGAGUACCCUUACCAUUCCCUUGCCGCUGCGGCGAUCCUCGUGCCUAUUCUCUACGUCAUUCUUAAUGAAUUUGUGCGUUCUUCUGCCCGUGUCAAGGGCAUGAAAGGCCCGGCGGGUUGGCCAUUAAUCGGUAACUUGUGGCAUAUUCGUACCAAUGCCGCAGAGCAGUAUCGUCUAUGGUCCAAGACACAUGGAGCAGUCUAUCAGAUCCAACUGGGUAAUGUACCUGUGGUCGUUGUGAACUCUGCCGCAUCCGCCAAGGUGUUAUUCGGGCAGAAUGCCCAAGCGCUCAGCUCAAGACCUGAGUUUUAUACUUUCCACAAGAUUGUUUCCAACACCGCCGGUACGACGAUCGGAACCUCUCCCUACAGUGACUCCUUGAAAAGGCGCAGGAAGGGCGCAGCGUCGGCGCUGAAUCGUCCCUCGGUGGACACAUAUGUAUCGCACUUGGACGUGGAGUCCAAAGCAUUUGUCGAGGAGCUGCACCGAUAUGGAAACCGUGGAAAGACACCCGUGGAUCCUAUGCCGAUGAUCCAGCGACUGAGUCUGAGUUUGGCAUUGACGCUGAACUGGGGUGUGCGGGUGGCGUCCCAGGAAGAGGACCUGUUUGAUGAGAUAACACACGUCGAAGAGGAGAUCAGUCGGUUCCGAAGCACGACCGGCAAUCUGCAGGAUUAUAUCCCCUUGCUGCGGUUGAACCCAUUCAAUUCGAACUCGAAAAAGGCCGCUGAGAUGCGCAUCCGUCGUGAUCGGUACCUUGGGGCGCUGAACCGGGAUUUGGACGAGCGUAUGGCGAAAGGGACCCACAAGCCUUGUAUCCAGGCCAAUGUUAUUUUGGACAAGGAGGCCAAGUUGAAUAACGAGGAGUUAACCUCUAUUAGUUUGACCAUGCUUUCCGGUGGCUUGGAUACGGUCACGACUUUGGUUGCGUGGAGUCUUGGGCUGUUGGCCCAGCGUCCUGAUAUUCAGGAUCGGGCAGCAAAGGCUAUUCAAGACAUGUAUGGCCAGGAUGAUCCCAUGUGUUCAGUGGAUGAUGAUCAGAGGUGUGCGUAUAUCGCUGCACUUGUCCGGGAAUGUCUUCGGUUCUUUACCGUGCUGCGAUUGGCACUCCCUCGCACCUCCAUCAAGGAUAUCACAUACAACGGCAUUGUGAUCCCCAAGGGCACGGUGUUCUUCCUGAAUGCGUGGGCAUGCAACAUGGAUCCCGACGUGUGGACUGACCCGGAUGAGUUCCGCCCGGAACGCUGGCUCGAGCAGCCGGACGCGCCACUCUUUACCUACGGCAUGGGGUACCGUAUGUGUGCUGGAUCCCUGCUAGCCAACCGUGAGCUCUAUCUCGUUUUCAUGCGGACCCUCAACAGCUUCCGCCUCGAACCCUAUGACAAAACCGAUUGUCAUCCGGUCCGGGGUAACUCGGAUCCGAGCAGUUUGGUGGCCAUUCCUGAGCGAUACAAGGUCCGAUUCGUACCGAAGAACGAGAAAGCACUGUCCAAGGCUCUUGCGUGA